AAGUCAAGGGCUGUGUAUCAUAGUGCAGGUUUUGUUCGAUCGAGUACGAAAACUAUGAUUGAAAUUUUAGAAAUUUUGGCUGUGUACAAGUCGGUAGAGCCUGGCAAUUAGACCGCCCUUUAAAGCGCCCAGUUCGAAUCCUAAACCAGAGACCAAGAUGGUGGACUUCGCCUUCGACAUCAAGCACCUCUUUCCGCAGCCGAUCAUCCGGGUGCAGCCGCACUCGCUGCGUCCCAAGGUCACUCAGCUGCCAAACCAACGCCACUCGUUCGCCGGGAACCCGCAAUGGCGACACUCGACGAUGCCCAGCUGCCAGCUAAGCCAGAUCCUGGACGUCAUGGGCAAGCUGUCGGCGGAUGCGCAGGGACUCCGCCAGCCGGUGACCACAGCCGACAAGCUGGCCGCCGACCAGGUGGUCUACCUGAUGGCAGACGAGGCGGCGGGACACUGGGCCAUCACCGGGCUGCUUAAGGUCGGCACCAAGGACCUCUUCCUCUUCGACCCGGAGGGCUGCUGCCGGCGGGCCAAUCAAACGCCAGCCAUUCUCGACUUCUACGUGCACGAGAGCCGCCAGCGCUGCGGCCAGGGCAAGCUGCUCUUCGAGUGGAUGCUGGAGCAGCAGGGCUGGUCAGCACGCAAGUGCUCCGUGGACCGGCCCUCCAAGAAGCUGCUGGCCUUCAUGGGCAAGCACUACGGCCUGGUUCGCACCAUUCCGCAGGGCAACAACUUUGUGCUCUACGAGGGCUUCUUCGACGAUCCCCUCACCAAGUGCACUUCCGUCCGCGAGCUCCACGCCACCAGCAGGAUGCGCAGCCAAAGUCAGGCCCAGGACCACACGCAGUUAACCGUCCGGAACGGAGCCCAUUCCGGCCACUUCAGACGGGCCAUUGCCAGCCAGGAGUCCGACAUGGAAACUUCGCUGUACGGACGCCGCUGGAACGAACCACGCACACUCGCCAGCACGAAUUGCAUCCAGGGCUCCAGGCGCAGGAGAUCCGAACACAACUAGACCACCGAUCACCACUGUCUCUCAAUCUCAAUUGGAGUUAGCACUCAGUUCGUUCUCAUUCGUAGCACUCAUCGCACAGCAAAUUGAUAGUUUGAGUUGAAAAUUUACAAAAGUUAUAAUCUGCUUAA